AUGUUUGGUUACGGCCAAAAUAAUUUUACCUGGAAUGGAACUCUGAGAGAACUGGAAGGCAGCCACCCAGCAACAGAACGAGUUCGUCCAGCUAUGACAGCCUCCUCGAGCUCGUCCAGCGGCUUAGAGGUCCUCCUCUCCACUCUGCAGAAUGCAGGGGAUGUGGAGAGCACCUUAAAUAUCCUCAAUGUCCUGGAUGAACUUCUCUCUGCUGGUACGGAUCGUCGUAUCCACUAUAUGAUCAGUAAAGGUGGCAGUGAGGCCUUGCUCACUGCACUGGUCAACACUGGCCGUAGUUUCAGUCCCAACUAUACCCUUCUGCUACCACUGCUGCACCUGCUGGCUAAAGUUGGACAAAGAGACCGUCGUAUAGGUAUGAAAGCAGAGGAGGCUGGAGCUGUGCUGCUGACUCUGAAUCUGCUCAGACAGAACGUCCAACACGCCAGCAGGGCUGCAGCAUGCCUCUGGGUGAUCCAAGUGUUCUGUUCAUCAGUUUCCACAGCAAACCUGAUAGGAGAGAACAAUGGACUGGAGACCAUCUACCGCCUAAUCCCUCCAUAUACCACCAAACAUCUGUACACCAUUAAGGCAGCCAUUGAUGCCUUUGCUGCUCUGCUGUGCACAAAGGCUAAUGUCUGCUCAGUGGUAUCUAAGGGUAACAUCUCUGGCCUCUUGCGGCUUUACGAGGACUGGCACAGCAAGGGAACUCAACAUGUUGCCAUAGAAAUCCGCCACGCACUUCUGCGCUGCCUCCAUAAGGUCACUCAUAGUACUGCAGGCAAACAUGCCUUCGUGUCACAUGGCGGCAUCAAACUGCUGUAUGAAACGACGCAGACAUGUUUGCUGAGUAAAAGUCUGGAGUCUCUGCUGGAGCCCUCUGUGCAGCUUAUGAGGAAGUGUCUUCCUAAAACUCCCCUACCACUGACAUCAGAUCAGUCUGCAUAUACUUUCCCCUUGCCCGGGAGACCACAUGCUAUUCCUGACAUGGACGCAGAAGCAGAUGAGAGCGGUGAGGCGAGUGAUGAUGAGGAGGCUGAAGAUAACCAACAGGCAGACUAUGAUGAAGAUUUGGAGACUGACCUGAACAAACUUCGUCUUCGUCCUGAUCCAGACAGACCCAAAGAGCUGCUGCCACAGUACAGCCGCCUCUGUCCCGAACUCUCACAUGACUUCCAGGAGCUGGAUUUGAGUUCCGAGCCAGAGGACUGUUCAACAGCAUCAUCAUUUUCAUCAGAGGAGGAAGCUGUACUGCGCAACAGUUUCCAUUUUGGCUCCUCCAGGAGGGACAGAAGGAGGAGUAAUGCCAGCAGUGAUUUGUCCACAUCAGGGUCUCACUCAGAGACAGAACCAGAGGGACACACAGCAGCUGAUGCCCAAUUAGAGGCCCGUGAUUUCCACAGUCACAGCAGCAUCCUCAGCACCAGCCCCAGCUUUAGGACCAUAGUUAGAGAGGCAAGGGGAGAAGCCCCCCCAAGUCACAGAGGAGAUGAACAGGAUGAUGAUGAGGAGGAUGCAGAAGAAUCCCACCAUCGUACCAUGAUAGACAGGUUAUUGGAACGACAUGGAGCCUGUAUCCCCCACCAUGAACCCAGGAUGUACUGCGCUGCAGCUACCAAAACUAAAUCUAUUCCAGGGUUCAGCAUCCUGGCUUUCCCUGAUUUCUGGGGUCACCUCCCACCACCAGGAAAUGAACCCAUGGCCCCACGUAAACCCAACAUACAGAGGAAGAAAGUGCUUGAAGAUGUCCAACGUUUCCUGAAUACUGAUGACAUCAUCAACCAGGAAGUGUUUGACCUGGAAGACAGUAGUCUUCAGUGUCCGUCUGAUUCCUUGAGGUUUUUCUCUAAAUUUGAAUGUGGGAACCUAAGGAAGGCUUUUCAUGUCCGCAGAUAUGAAUAUGACCUCAUCUUGAAUGCAGAUGCUAACUGUAACCAGCACACCCAGUGGUUUUACUUUGAAGUCAGUAACAUGGUGGCAGACGUCCCCUACCGUUUUAAUGUCAUCAACUGUGAGAAGAGCAACAGCCAGUUCAACUAUGGAAUGCAGCCGGUGCUGUACUCAGUAAGGGAAGCUCUGGAAGGAAGACCACACUGGGUCAGGACCGGGACUGAAAUUUGUUAUUUCAGAAAUCAAUUUUGUCCGGCUCAGGGCACAAGGAGAACAACCUUUUAUACUCUGACCUUUACCAUCACCUUCAAACACAAUGAGGACGUCUGCUACCUGGCCUACCAUUAUCCCUACACAUACUCUGCUCUGAAGGCUCAUCUGAAGCUGCUGCAGAAGUCAGUGGAUCCUGCCAAGGUGUUUUUCCAGCAGCAGGUUCUUUGUGGCACUUUGGCUGGAAACCCGUGUCCACUGGUUACCAUCACUGCCUGUCCUGCCAGCAGGAGCUGCAGAGACAUGCACCAGCUCCGUAAUCGUCCCUGCAUCAUACUAACAUGCCGUGUCCAUCCGGGUGAGUCCAAUGCCAGCUGGGUGAUGAAGGGCACCCUGGAGUUUCUGUGCAGCAGUGACCCGGUGGCCCAGAGUCUGAGGGAGGCCUUCGUCUUCAAGCUCAUCCCCAUUCUCAACCCAGACGGAGUCAUCAACGGCACGAAUCGCUGUGAUCUGAACAGUGAAGAUCUGAAUCGUCAGUGGAGUAAACCGGACCCCGUACUCAGUCCAACCAUCUACCACAGCAAGGGCUUCCUCUACUACCUCAAAAGUAUAGGACGGACUCCACUGGUUUUCUGCGACUACCACGGCCACUCGAGAAAGAAGAAUGUGUUCCUGUACGGCUGCAGUGUUAAGGAGACUCUCUGGCAGUCUGGCUCUGCUGUUAACACUGUGGGAUUGAAAGAGGACCCUGGAUAUAGGACCAUUCCAAAGACCUUGGAUAGUCUCGCACCGGCCUUUUCUUUCAACAGCUGCAACUAUUUGGUGGAGAAUUCUCGCUCAGCCACAGCCAGGGUGGUGGUUUGGAGGGAAAUUGGCGUGCUGAGAAGUUAUACUAUGGAGAGUACUCACAAUGGCUGUGACCAGGGAAUAUACAAGGGUCUGCAGACAGGAACUAGGGAGCAUCAGGAGAUGGGCAUGAAGUUCUGCCACAGUCUGCUAUCUUUAACCAAAGACAUGAGUGCUCUUUACAGCCCAAACCUCAUCAGCCGGAUCGACCUGGACCACAAGUCUCACAACUGUUUUGAAGAUGAUGAGCCUCCAUGUGUCGAGCAAAUUGAGUAUUCCACAGACUGUCCCGCACUUAAAGGCACUGAUCUGGAUUCAGAGGUCAACAGCAACAUGGUCAGUGCUGACGAAGAGGAGGACUGCGACGAAGGAAACAAAGGAACGAAACAUCGGCGAGGCAGCGUUGGCCAAUCGCAGCAGUCAAUGAAGAGCCGCAUAUUCCCUCACCUGAUGAAACAGGCCUCCACCGAGAAAAUAAACACGUGUAAUAGUGUGAACAUCAAUGGACAAAUAAUGAGUUAAAGGAAUAUUUCUACAUUUUCUACAAUUCUUCUCUAAAAGCUCUUCUAAGCAUUGUAAGAUUUAUUUCUCGAAACAUAGCAGGUGCAUUUGAAUGAAAAGAAACAGCUGGCUAAGUAAUACACACAAACGAAAAAUCAGGGGUUGGGGAAACAUCUCUUUUCUCUUUCAACCUUAAAGUACAGUGCAACCUUAAAUGAAAAUACUACACUACACUAACAGUCUAGCUUGAAUGGAACUGGCUUAUAUGUGUUGAUCUCCUGCUAUG